AUGCUCACUGAGCCGGCUCCACAAACCAUGAGGCUGUCACUGCCACUGCUACCGCUGCUACUGGGGGCCUGGGCUAUCCCAGGGGGCAUCGGGGACAGGGCUUCUCUCACAGCCACUGCUCCACAGCUGGACGAUGAGGAGAAGUAUUCAGCUCAUAUGCCUGCUCACUUUCGCUGUGAUGCCUGCAUGGCAGUGGCCUACCAGAUGUGGCAACAUCUGGCAAAAGCAGAGGACAAGCUUCACACCCCUGGGGGGCGUCAGGAGCUGAGUGAGUCUGUGUACACAGACGUCCUGGAACGGAGCUGCUCCCAGACCUGGCAGGACUAUGGGGUCCGAGAAGUGAACCAGGUGAAACGUCUUACAGGCCCAGGACUUAGCAAUGGGCCAGAGUCAAGCAUCAGUGUGAUGAUCACGGGGGGCCCCUGGCCUACCAGGCUCUCCAUGACAUGUAUGCACUACUUGGGGGAAUUUGGAGAAGACCAGAUCUAUGAAGCCCACCAACAAGGCCAAGGGGCUCUGAAGGCAUUGCUGUGUGGAGGCCCCCGUGGAGUCUGCUCAGAAGAGGCACCAGUCACAAAAGCAGAGCUCUAG